ACGACAAACCGGCGAAUCCCCUAGAGCAGUGACCCAGCAACGUCCGGCAGCGACUGGCACGGCGGUCAUACUUGGGCAGUUCUGGGUAGCAGCGGGUAGUCGAGCAGCAGGCGGGAUUACUCCGAUGUUAGCAAGCGGAAUUGAAUCAAAUUGAAACGAACUGAGUAUAGCCAUGAAGCUUACGACUCUGUAAGAAAGGCUGAAGGCCUGAAGCACAGAUGCAGCUCAUUGAAGCAAUGUCACAGAAUGUAUUUACAUCAAAAAGCAUAAAACUUGUUGGCAAGCUCUUAUUCGGUAUUGAAAAAGGCCCAUAGGUGUUAAAAGCCAUUCGACCAGCUGGGCAACCUCUUGUUGAUGAUUGGGACUGCCUCAAGAAAAUGGUAAUUAAUUCUAUCAAUGUAGAACCCCCCUGCUCUCUCUCAUAUAGUAUUAUGUUAAUGAAUGUAGGUAAGGAUAUUUGAGGUACAUUGUGGGUCCUUGUCCCAGUACGGCAUGAAACACAUGGGAUCCCUUGCAAGCAGAUGCAAUGCUGGAGUUCAGAUAGAGCAAAUGAACAAAGCAUCAGCUCAAGCUUGUAGUGUUGUCCCUUCUGGUCCUUAAAGUUCUCUCUUCAUCGAUGAUUUUUUGCAUGAAGCUGCUGCUAAGCCUUGAUGCUUGCUAGAUCAUCUUACACAAGGGCAGGUCACGGAAAAGAAGACAUCAAAAGUACACCAUCGGAGACUGAGCAGGAGAAUACAAAACUCAAGCAAGAAGAAGGGAGUACAUGCAAUGUAGCUGAGAAGUCGGUGGAGAGUGAAGCUUCUGGGGACAGUCACGAAGCUAAUGAUGAUGAAGUUGUUCGAGAGAUUGAUGUUUUUCUUAAGCCCUCAAUUGAUUCAAACACUAAGACUCUUUCAACUGCAUGGAAACCAACUCCUUCCUCAACUGGAUAUGCCGUUGGUGUUCUGGUUGACAACAAGACCAAACUUGUAACAACAGUGCAAGACAAGGAUACUGAGGAGCCCUGGGUGCGCCUCAAGUAUCAUCCCAGACAAAGUGACAUUUCAGCAAGAUAUUUGGAAAAAAUGGUGGAGGUUCAUGGUUCUUCAAAUCUGUUUCACAUGAGCCCGUAUGACUAUCUGAAAGCCAUGUGCCCUGGCGGGUUGUCUGAAAGUGACCAGGACAAAGCCCCCCCAAGAUGCCCAAGGGUAUGGACUUCAGAAUCCUUGGAAGAGUAUAUCAAAUCCAGGCUUUGUGAGGGACCAAUUCACCGUUACAACACUUUGGCGUACCUCGGUCUGGAAAAUCCUGAAGACAAGAAAAAAUGGAAGGAAGAAAUUUAUAGAAUCCUUAAAGAGCAUGCCAUAUCAAUUCAAGGGCUCUGGGUUCCAAAGAGCCGUCUUGUCUAUGGAACGGACAGGGGCAUAAAAGUGCUGGCCAGGAGCUACGUCAUAUACUUGUUCAGCAAAGCGCCUACCAUAAAGAAGUCAGUGUUGAAGGAUGACACCGUGUUCGAACAUCUCAUGGAAGGGGUGCUGAAUGAAUUGGGUGUUGAGAGACCACUGCUUAAGGACUGGAAGCUCAAGCAGAGUCCUGACUAUCAAUUUCUGAAAGAUCAUAAAGAGCUGGCCCAGCAGCAGGCUGAAAAUAUUGAAAGGGUCGGAGAACGCCUCCUUGAAGCAGUUGCUAGAGUAAAAAGAAAGAUUUGGGAAAGAGAGACUAGCCAGGAAAAGGGACCAGAGGGAAAUGCUGGAAAAGCCGAUACAACGGGAGGUGAAUCUACGGGGUCCAACAACCUUGUCCGCCACCUUUGCCUUGGCCAGGGAGGUUUCGGCGUGUCAUCAGGAGUCCUGGCAUCUCUUCCUCGUCGUACAUGGUCCACACGUUUCUCCCCUGGUCAGUCCUCAUCAACAUCGGCCGGCCUGCUACCCACCCCGACCACAGCCGCACGGCCCUCCCCGUUUCCAGCCCGAUCAUCGGAUAAGGCAACCAACCCCCCACUGCCGGUUGUUCGUUUAUCAGCGGCAGAAAAGGCUGAGCGCAACAAAAAGGGUCUAUGUUGGUAUUGUGACGAGAAGUGGAUUCCGGGGCACAAUUGUAAACACCGUUUUCUUGUCCUCAUGGGUCCCGAAGACGAUGAGGAAGAACCUGUACCGGCUGACACUACCCCAUUGGAGGGAGAGGCUGCUCUUAUUACCGCCGAUAUUUCAAGUAUCCAUUCUCUCUCCGGCAGCCCUAGUCCCCGGGCUCUCAAAUUGGCGGGGUCUGUCAACAAUACUCCAGUGCAAGUGCUCCUCGACAGUGGAAGUACUCAUAACUUUAUCCAUCCCAAAGUUGCAGAACACCUCGCCCUUGUACUCCAGCCCAUCACCCCAUUUUGGGUUUAUGUCGGCAACGGUGAUUCGUUGCGUUGCGCUUACUCAUGUCCGCAGACGCCUCUCAUCUUACAAGGCCACUUAUUUCCCGUCGAUCUUUAUCUCUUGGAAGUGCAUGGACCGGACGUCAUCUUGGGUAUUCAGUGGCUCCAAACCCUCGGUUGUGUUUCCCAUGAUUACGGCCAGAUGACGAUGGAAUUCCUUUGGCAGGGGCAGACUGUCACGCUUCGUGGGGAUCUCCCAGGGCCUAAACCCAUCUCUUAUGGCCAUUUGUGUUCCUUGGCAUCCACGGCAGAGAAGGUGGAAUUUUAUGAGAUCAUAGCCGCUCAUUCUUCGCCACCUCCAGACCCUGCCACAGCUACUCUUCUGCCCAAGGAUUUGCCGCCCAUUAUCCAGGAGGUCAUACAAACCCUAGAUCAACAAUUUUACAUUCGAAAACUGAUGGGAUACAAAUUUCGAAUUGAGUACAAGCGGGGGUCGUCCAACCGGGCUGCGGAUGCACUGUCUCGCCGUGAAGAGGAGCGGGAUACUGCCAUGUUCCACUCCUUGAGCGUGCAAGCCGUGCCACUGCUCAUGGAUGCACUUCGGAAGGAGAAUGAUACACUGCCCGAUCUAAAGGACUUGCAUGCGGCUGUUGUGAAUGGUACGGCUCCUCCCGAUAUUAGUUCGAAUUCCGACAUCCUUUACUAUAAGCGGCGUCUGUAUAUCAGCCCCUCUUCACCCUUGAGAAAUCAGAUUCUGCAUGAAUUUCAUGGUACUCCAGUGGCGGGUCAUCAGGGGGUUGAUCGAACCUUCCGCCGUAUCGCCGAUGUCUUUUACUGGCCGGGUCUCCGACGCGAGGUGCACGCCUUUGUGGCAUCGUGUCCUGCAUGUCAGGCCACUAAGUAUUCCACCCGCAAGCCUGCGGGACUACUGCAGCCCCUACCCAUUCCGGAGCGGGUAUGGGACUCCGCCUCCAUGGAUUUCGUAACGGGUCUUCCACCGUCUCGCGGCUUCUCGGCUAUCAUGAUUGUGGUUGACAGGCUGUCCAAAUACACUCAUUUCGGGCCAUUGGCCGCAGGCUUCGAUGCCCCUAAAGCCGCGCAGUUGUUUGUUGACAUACGAGAUCAACCCAUCCCCACCUCUGCUCUUCCGGAUGCUUUCUUUAAGGGGCGACCAGUUUCGGUCCCUACGGCUGUGUUGGAUAGGCGCUCCGUGCUGGUGGAUGGGGUUGCUCAGGAGCAGUGGUUAGUUCGUUGGUCCGAUGGCACCGAUACUGAUGCUACGUGGGAACCGGCAUCAGCUCUCCAACAACACUAUCCCGAUCUUCGCCUUGAGGACAAGGCGAUUUCCGUGGGCGGGGGAGUUGAUACCGUACAUGAGGAGGAUACGGAACCAAGUGGUGACCCAGCACCCGAUGUACACUCCACUGUUAGGGGCCACAUCAGUCAACUUCCCAAUGAAGUUCUUGAGUGUAUUCUCAAUAAAUUAAAACAUAGGGAUGCAGUUAGAGCAAGUUUGGUAUCAUGUAGAUGGAGGCAUCUUGUUUUGUCCCGGGCUCGCCUUGUUUUUGAUUUGCCUAGCAUGUUUGAAAAGGAAAACUGUGACCUGAAGGGAGCCUCUGGAAGGAAAUGUGUUUGUUUAGAAUACAAAGAUCGAUUCGUACAAGCUGUAAAUCAAUUCAUAGCUUCGUAUAGAGGCACACACAUAAAUGAAUUUGUUGUCUGUUUUUGCCUGAAGAGGGACUCUGCUUCUGCUGUCUUAAAUUGGAUUAGAUUUGCUCUUGAUUUAGGUGUGCAACUGCUCGACGUGCAGCUUUGUGGUGAACACUGCAAAGCUAAAGUGCCGUUGUGUGGUACUCGUUGCGAAAUUCCUCUAAAGCAUCUUCUGCCAUCUAACCGUGAUGCAGGAGAAACGUUUAUUCUCCGUCCAUUCAGCCAGCUAAAGGCCCUCAUAUUUCAUCGCAUAUGUUUGAAGUCUCACUGUAUGGAGACUUUGCUAUCAAGCUUGGUAAACCUUAAGCAGUUGGAAAUGAAACAAUGCCAAUUGCCUUCCUAUCUAAACCUCAACUCACUGACCAGUCUAGAGGGUGUCUCGGUUUUCUAUUGCACCAUGUUGGAAAAGAUUGACGUGGCUAGUCUUCAGCUUAAGAGUUUGAAUGUUUUGUGCCGGAGGAUUGUUUCGUUGGAGCUAUCUGGGGUUCCUAACUUGGAAGAGCUCUGUUACUCUGUGCAUGGUGGUAGCAUUAUGCACCAUAUUUUUCUGAAGCUGCCCGGACUUGUUCCUCGUUUGAGAACUUUGAGGGUCGACUCUAGUAGUUCCAACAGGAUUGAGCACAUGCCAGAAAGCGUGACUACAUUCUCAAGACUUAGGACAUUAAUGCUGCUGGCAUUGGAUCCCAAAGUGGGUGAUAUGAUGUCUAAGAUGGUUCAACUUCUAAAAUCGUGCCCUCUACUCUGUCAUCUUAGUACAUGGCUGUGUGUCCGAGAGGACAAGGAACCCGAGAAGCUAGAGUCCGUUGUUGAAUACCAUCAUGAAUGUCUCGAGUGGAUUUCAAUCCAUGGAUUUGUGGGCACCAAGUAUCAGAUCGAGUCUUGUAAGUAUCUACUCAAACUUGCUCCUCGCGUGAAAAGGAUGGGAUUAAGGCGUGCUUUGCCCGAUUUGUUGUCCCGUCUAAAAGUAGGGCGGAGAAGACAUGUACUGGGUGAAGAAGGAUGUGAGAGCGCACUGAAUGCAUUGAAAGCAUUUUCAAAUGAUGUGAAAGUGUUCUUCUGAAGAAACAUUACAUCGGAGCAAAUGUGAUACAGAGUAAUAAUAAUAAUAGAACUCUCUCUGUCCAUUCCAUGAAUAAAUUUAGUUCCUAUAA